GCGACGGUGCUCAGCCUGGAGGAUCACAUCUCCUCGGAGUUCGGGAAGCUGCGGGGCUGGCUGGCCACCCGGGAGGAGGAGUGGCAGGAUCAGCUGCGGCAGGCGGGCAGAGCCCAGCUGCGGGCGAUGCAGAGGAACCUGCAGGAGCUGGCGGGGAGAUGCCAGGCAGCCCAGGAGAUGCUCACUGAGGCCCAGGCCCGCCUGCCCCAGCAGAACACCAUGGAGUUCCUGACAACUCUGGGGCAAUUCAAAGGGCCGAUCCAGUAUACUGCCUGGAAGGAGAUGAAAUCCAUCCUCAACAUAGAUCUCCCCCGGGUGACGCUGGAUCCCGCCACGGCUCAUCCCUGCCUGGUUCUCUCGGAGGAUCGCACCUGGGUCCGGGACGGCCCCCUUCGCCGGCCCCUCCCCGACACUCCCGCCCGCUUCGAUUUCUGCGUGGCCGUGCUGGGCGCAGGGGCGUUCGCCUCCGGGAGGCGCUACUGGGAGGUGGAGGUCGGGGAGAAGCCAGCGUGGACGCUGGGCGUGGUCCAUGCCUCUGUCAGCCACAAAGGGAAGAUCCAUGCCUCCCCCAGCAAGGGAUUCUGGGUCAUUCGGCUCCGGGGCGGGGCCGAGCUCAUGGCCAAGGACACGCCCCCAAUGGUGCUCCACCCCCAGGCCCUGCCCCACAGGAUUGGGGUGUACCUGGACUACGAAGGGGGCCAGGUUUCCUUCUAUGAUGCCCAGGGCAUGGCCCACCUCUAUACGUUCAGUGCCCGGUUUGCAGAGAGUGUGUAUCCCUAUUUCUGCCCCGGGCUCUACGAUUCGGGGGGGAACGCUACCCCCCUGAAAAUCUGCCCCUUGCCCUGA